AUGUUUGGCGGUAGGAUUUUUGGCGGAGGGACGACUCGUAAACACCACGGCUCGGGCGGUGAGCGUAGGAGGGAGGGGGAGACCAUGAUGUGCUGGUUUAUGAAUCGUUGGGGAACCAUCUCGGAGGGCUUGUUUGAGGUCGUUGAAGAGAGGAAAGAGUCGGGCGAUGUACAGGUUAAGACUGCCAAUGGUUCACUUGGCACUUCGGGACAGACGCCGCAGACCGUUUCCUCUGGAGACUUUGGAAGUUCACCAUCUAUCUCUCUUUCGACUUUGAACCUCCCGUUCAUUCGCCCUUUAGAGAUCGGAAAGGUUCAUCAACCACCCUCUGCCAGCGGGACUUCGUCUGUCAAUGAGCACCAUUCUCCUUCCAAAUGCAUGGAUAGCAUGUCCGACGGAGAUAGAUUCAAAGUUGGAAACAAUCGCACGCUAUCCGCCGUGGAAAAUCGAGUGACAAGCCCACCAGAAGCCGACGCUUAUUAUUUCUGGGGUGGUCAUCACGCUGAAACGUUCGACAAGAAACCCAGAGAGCCCAAUAAAAUUCAAUCUGUAUUUCUGUCACCCUCACCAGCCUCCUCGAAUGACCGCCUAGAUGUCUGUUCGGCCCAAGACGUCAGCUCAGAGGCCGCGAGCACUAAUUCCGCUCCAGGACCUACGUCCUAUUUUCACAUCACCUCCCCUACUCGUCCGCUCACAUCCAUCAAGUCGAGGAACGUCUGCUGGACAUCUCCCUGCCCUCCAAAACCGAAGACGCGAAUCAGGAACCCUCACCAUCCACAUCCACACCACGACCCUCCAGCGCGCAAGCCAACCCAGUACUAUGUCAAGCCUGCUCACACAUUCUUUUGCUAG